AUGAACACCAAGCCCUCACUGCAAGGAAGCUCUGACCUCGUGAAGAACGGGGAGGCUCAAGAGAUCCCCCCUCUGAGGAACUACCUCUGUCUCACCAUGUUCACCUGUUUCUGCCCUGCGUGGCCCAUCAAUAUUGUGGCGCUGGUUUUCUCAGUGCUGGCCCAGAAGAGCUAUGACGAGCAGGACUAUGAUGGCUCCAAGCGGCUGGGUCGGAAGGCUCUCCACAUGGGGAUCGUUUCUUUCAUCAUCGGUCUCAUGAUCAUCACUGCGUAUACCAUUGUGCACUUUACUACGGUACGGAUACACCACAUAAAUGAUACCGAUGGCAUCGCAGUGAUGCGACUAGACUGUCCCAUUUCAAAGGCUCCUUUAAAUGUGGCCGAGAAAUGCGUCCUUCUUUUCCUGGGCAACGAAGGAUCCAUGAAGGGCCACAUCUUCGUAGACCGUGGCCCCUGA